GGGAUUGAAAACUGGCAACCAUUUGAGCACCGGUAGGUCCAGCCCAGCCCAGCGAGGAGAAGAUGGAGCUACCAGGGCACUGUGUCUAAUUACGAUGUGAUCUCGCAGAUGGAACGAGGGGAAGAGCCGUCGGUCCGGGAAAGGGAGAACCGAAGAAACACCUGUACAGCAGGUCAGGGGACGGUGAGUGAGAAUAAGAAGGAGAGUCCUCAGCAGGGAGAUCCUGAGCAAGUGGAAUUUCAUGGGACGUUACUGGGAAGAUCCAAAGAGAAGGGAAAUUUCUGCUCUCUUGAGCAGGGCAAAGCUUCUGAGAGUCCAGGUAGGUCCAAAAGGGAGCAAAGAAACCCUCCGGCAAAGAGACUGGGGAAAUCCAUCCCACUUGGGGGAGGUGACCUCAAUGACCUCACAAUCCUGCAGAGACUCCACCCAGGAGAGGGAAAGAAGACGUGUCCAGACUGUGGGAAAAGCUUCUGUGGGCGCUUAGGUCUUACUAGACAUCAGAGAAUCCACUUGGGCAAGAAGCCCUACAGGUGUCCUUUGUGCGGGAAAGCCUUCAGCCGGAGCUCGCAGCUCGUCACCCACCAGAGAACCCACACGGGAGAGAAGCCCUACCAAUGCCCCGAAUGCGGGAAAGCCUGCAGCCGGAGCUCGCAGCUCGUCACCCACCAGAGAACCCACACGGGAAGCCAGUGCGGGAAGGGCUUCAGCCAGAGCUCCAACCUGGCCACGCACCAGAGAGUGCACACGGGGGAGCGGCCCUACCGGUGCUCCCAGUGCGGGAAGGGCUUCACGCAAAGCUCGCACUUCACCGCCCACCAGCGGCUGCACAUGGGCGAGAGGCCCUACCGCUGUGCCGAGUGCGGGAAGAGCGACACAAACUGCUCCGCCCUCAUCAAACACCAGAGGAACCACACGGGGGAGCGGCCCUACAGAUGCCCCGAGUGCAGGAAGGGCUUCAGUCAGAGCUCCGCCCUGCUUGCCCACCAGCGGAUCCACACGGGAGAGAGGCCCUACAAGUGUCCUGAGUGUGGAAAGGGCUUUUAUGCGUGCUCCCCACUUAUUGCACACCGGAGAACCCACACUGGCGAGACGCCCUACACGUGUCCGGAGUGUGGGAAAGGGUUCCGCAAGAAAACCAGCCUGAAUGUGCAUCAGAGAGACCACCCGGCAGAGGAACAAUGCCCUGACCAGGGCUGUCCCCAGUGAACGGCAUCCAUGGCCAUUCCCACAACACAUGGGGGUAUUUGGCUUCUCAGCACCAUCUGUCUGCAUAUCUGUUGGGUCAACUGACUUCGGGAGCCACCCCUAAGAUGACUGGUGGUGAUCCUCUAGCAAGUCCUAGGCAGAGGAGAAGAAGCCCGCAUCAUCUCUUAUUUAACUGGUGCAUCCCCAGCUGCAAAGCUGCCAAUUGGAGGAUUGAGCCAAAAGAAAUCUGAUGAGGUUCAAUAAGGAUAAGUGCAGGGUCCUGCACUUAGGACGGAAGAACCCAAUGCACAGCUACAGACUAGGGACCGAAUGGCUAGGCAGCAGUUCUGCGGAAAAGGACCUAGGGGUGACAGUGGACGAGAAGCUGGAUAUGAGUCAGCAGUGUGCCCUUGUUGCCAAGAAGGCCAAUGGCAUUUUGGGAUGUAUAAGUAGGGGCAUAGCGAGCAGAUCGAGGGACGUGAUCGUUCCCCUCUAUUCGACAUUGGUGAGGCCUCAUCUGGAGUACUGUGUCCAGUUUUGGGCCCCACACUUCAAGAAGGAUGUGGAUAAAUUGGAGAGAGUCCAGCGAAGGGCAACAAAAAUGAUUAGGGGUCUGGAACACAUGACUUAUGAGGAGAGGCUGAGGGAGCUGGGAUUGUUUAGCCUGCAGAAGAGAAGAAUGAGGGGGGAUUUGAUAGCUGCUUUCAACUACCUGAAAGGGGGUUCCAAAGAGGAUGGCUCUAGACUGUUCUCAAUGGUAGCAGAUGACAGAACGAGGAGUAAUGGUCUCAAGUUGCCGUGGGGGAGGUUUAGAUUGGAUAUUAGGAAAAACUUUUUCACUAAGAGGGUGGUGAAACACUGGAAUGCGUUACCUAGGGAGGUGGUAGAAUCUCCUUCCUUAGAGGUUUUUAAGGCCAGGCUUGACAAAGCCCUGGCUGGGAUGAUUUAACUGGGAAUUGGUCCUGCUUUGAGCAGGGGGUUGGACUAGAUGACCUUCUGGGGUCCCUUCCAACCCUUAUAUUCUAUGAUUCUAUGAUUCUAAGCCCUCUGUCUCUUGUCAACAUGGGAGGAGAGAGGAAAAUCCCUCCAGGAGCUCCUUUUUCCUCAGGUGGGAGAAAGCUACAUGGCUCAGGCCCUAAACUAACUCAGAACACCUAUCGCCACCCACCCCCAGACCUGGGCUGGGCUGGGCUCUCAAACUGAUCCAGAACUGGAGCUUGAUUUUGCCCAAACAACCUUAAUCCUGGCCACUUGUGGAAAUACAUUGUGGUACAAUUUUAAUUUACAUUGUCACAUACCAUUUUUCCCCGCAGGGCUCCUGCCUCAUUCAGUGCCCAGAAUGGAUGUGUCGGGCAGCCUGAACUAUGGGGGUCUCUAUGUAUGCUGCCGAUUAUAGAAUCUACCCUCUAUUCUUUCCCUGCCCCUUGCCUUCUCUCUCCCACUUGGGUGCCCAGGGUCAUCUGGGGCCACCUACAUCACUUUCCUGAAAGUGCCUUGAAUUGCCAAUGGAGCCAACCCCCAUUUUCUGCCUUUCGCCCUGGCAAGCUCCUGGAAAUUCUGUCCUGACUGGUCUGUGCGUCCCACACCAUUCAUGAUGACAUGCUAGCCCAGCUGCUGAGGAGAGCCCUGCAGAAAGCAAUAGGGGUUAGGGGACAGAAAAUGGAGACCUGUGUCUCAUCCAAAUGCUGUCUGAGCAGAGUCUGCAGUCGGUUCAUUCCGUUUUCAAGCUAGUUCUUUUAAUUGUCAUACCCUCAUUCCAGUGCCAGGGAGGAACAAAUCUCAGGCAGAAGAAUAAAACAAAAGCAGAAAAACUUCUGCCAAUAAAACCCACGUAACAGAUUGAUUGGGAGCAGUUUUAAGCUUAAUCAAAAAGAGCCACUCUUAAAUUGAAAUAAGCGUAUCUACACAGGGAUGUGCAGAGUUUUAACUGAAAGAGCUUAAGUUCCCACCUUAGGUUAAAGGGGUACAAGCCCUCAGUGCAGCCUUGCCAACCCCAAGCGUGCAAAAAUCAUGAGUCCAGCCCCCAAAACAUGAAAUUUGGCUUAAAAAUCCAGUGAUGUUUUAAAAAUAAUACAUUUGAAGUUUUUUAUUUCUUCUGGUUUCUGAGUCUUUAGAGUGCACGUGCUUCACGUUUUCAGACUUUUCCCUGCAACCACGAGGGCUAGAAUCUCCCUUAAAAAAAAGGAAAGAAACGAAAGUUGAGCUUCUUAUUCAGUCUCUUGAUUCUAGCAGCUGGGGCUGGAAAACACCAAAUAUCAUGAGAGCUGCAUUACAUUUUUAAGAGUUGGUAACACUAUAGUUAAAUCUUCUUCUUCAGAUAGAUGCAGCCGUGUAUUCCACAUAGGUGUGUGUGGACCCAGCAGACUGGAGCCUGAGAAAUUUGCCUACCGGUACCUGUAGAGGGUCGUGCUUACACCUCAUGGCCAUAGCCCCUCCCCUGGCUACAUGAAGGUGCAACCCCAACCCUCUCUCAGUUUUUAUUUCUUAGUCAACUGUAACAUCCCAUGUUUAAUUCAUUCUUUUAAACAUUGUCAACACUAUCACCUAACUAGCUUUAUUUGACCUUCUGUAAUUUCUUAGUUGCUUUUGAAAUUCUAUUUUGGCUAAUAAAUGGAUACAUUUACCAUACUUCCCCAGUCUGUAUUUUAGCUGAGGUACAGAUAUAGAAAGAACCUGAGGGCUUGUGUGCUGCUGAAGAGCUAUUCCAAUGGGAGGGGUUCUUCUGACAGCGUAGGCACUCCGCCUCCUCACGUGGCAGUAGCUAGGUCGACAGGAGAAUGCUCCCGUCGACCUAGCGCUGUCUACACCAGGGGCUAGGUCGGUUUAACUGCAUCUCUCAUGGGUGUGGAAUUUUCACACCCCUGAGUGGUGUAGUUAUAUUGACCUAAUUUUGCAGUGUAGUCUAGUAGAUAAUAGGUUAAUUAAAUUAAUUGUCCAAUAUGGUUUAGAAUGUGUAUUUCUUACAUCACGCAUCUUAAUGAGGGAUGAAGUUCAAAGUCUAAUCGUCAAUGCUAAUAUGAAGUGCAGGCAAACAUACUUGUCUUAAACCCAAAUUAGUUAUAUAUAAAAAGCAAGAUUAGUGCAAAACUAAGGCUGCUUGUUUCAGAUGAAUGCAGAGAAGAAAGAUGGCUCAGGGGUUAGGGUCCUAAUCUAGCCCUUGAGAGAGACUGGUUCAAGGUCCUGCUCCACCAUACAUUUUCUGCCUGAACUUGAGAAAGUCACUUGGGCCCAGUUCCACAAAGGUGUUAGGAGCCUAAAUCCCCUUAUGGAUCUGGGAUUCUGGGCCCAUCCGUACAAUGGGGAUCACAGCACUUUCCAACAUCACCGGGGAGUUGUGAAGGGAAAUACAUUAAAGCUUGUGAGGCGCUUGGAUAUUGCACUAAUGGGGACUAUAUAAGCACUUACGAUAGAAGAACUGCAGAAGCUAAGAUUUCUGUAGCAGGGUUUGCUUAGCUAUGUAAAUCUGUAUUUUAUGAUAUAGUGAUGUACAAGCACCAGAAGGGUUAAGGGAGCCUGAGAGUGUCAGGAACCUCAACCUCACUGAUUGCACUUGGGGAGGGUGUGGUCUGGGGAGGGGGGUGGACUUAAAAGAGGAGAGAGAGGCAUUUGGGAGAGGAGAGUACGUAGUGUACUCCCUCCCUCCGGGAAGUGGGAUGAUAGACGGCUAGAGAACCAUAGAAAUGUAGGGCUGGAAAGGACCUCAAGUGGUCAUCAAGUCCAGAUUGAUCUGCUAAGGACCAAGUACACCUAGACCAGCCCUGGCAGAUGUUUGUCCAACCUGUUUUUAAAAAGCUCUAAUGAUGGAGAUUCCACAGCCUCCAUAGGAGGCCCAUUCCAGAGCUGACCUAGCCUUCUAGUUAGAAAGUAUCUCCUAAUAUCUAACCUAAAUCUCCCUUGCUAGAGAUUGAGCCCAUUACUUCUUGUCCUACCUUCAGCAGACAUGGAGAAAAACAGACAGGCUGCCCCUGAGGUGAGCCAGCAGAAGGAUCAGGAGCUGCUGCGGGACCUAGGAAAAGGACCUAGGGGUGACAGUGGACGAGAAGCUGGAUAUGAGUCAGCAGUGUGCCCUUGUUGCCAAGAAGGCCAAUGGCAUUUUGGGAUGUAUAAGUAGGGGCAAAGCGAGCAGAUCGAGGGACGUGAUCGUUCCCCUCUAUUCGACAUUGGUGAGGCCUCAUCUGGAGUACUGUGUCCAGUUUUGGGCCCCACACUUCAAGAAGGAUGUGGAUAAAUUGGAGAGAGUCCAGCGAAGGGCAACAAAAAUGAUUAGGGGGCUGGAACACAUGAGUUAUGAGGAGAGGCUGAGGGAGCUGGGAUUGUUUAGCCUGCAGAAGAGAAGAAUGAGGGGGGAUUUGAUAGCUGCUUUCAACUACCUGAAAGGGGGUUCCAAAGAGGAUGGCUCUAGACUGUUCUCAAUGGUAUCAGGUGACAGAACGAGGAGUAAUGGUCUCAAGCUGCAGUGGGGGAGAUUUAGAUUGGAUAUUAGGAAAAACUUUUUCACUAAGAGGGUGGUGAAACACUGGAAUGUGUUACCUAGGGAGGUGGUAGAAUCUCCUUCCUUAGAGGUUUUUAAGGCCAGGCUUGACAAAGCCCUGGCUGGGAUGAUUUAACUGGGAAUUGGUCCUGCUUUGAGCAGGGGGUUGGACUAGAUGACCUUCUGGGGUCCCUUCCAACCCUUAUAUUCUAUGAUUCUAUGAUUCUAUUCUAUGACCCUGGACCCCUGGGAAGGCAGAAAACUGUCGGACCCUGACUGUGGCAUGGAAUGAGGAUGCUGAUGAUGAAUGAGGCUUGCCUGCGCAGGAACGGGAUGGCCAGACGAGUCUGACUGGGGCUGAGGAUUUAGUUAUGAUUCUCUGGGACGUGUUAAAGGACUCUGUGGUCCCAGACGGGGUCAGACUCUUGAACAUGGCAUGGUCGGAGAGUCAGGCCACCCCUGCGGCCAGCACAGGCUGAAGAACACAAGAGGGAAAAGGAAGCACAACUGCUGCAAUGCCACAUCGAGGUGUGUGUGUGUGUGUGUGUUGGGACAGCAGUUUUGCGGCAGGUCUAUAUUUACAACUGUUAAAAUCAGACUGCAUCUUGAACAAGACAAAUGGUAUGGAAAAUGUUUGAAGGAACCUAAAAGAAUGGUAAUGCAAAAGCUACCUUAGCGGUGUAACUUUCAUGUAGCCCUGCUGAUAUUUUGCAAUGCCUAUGACAGUUGCAUUACAUUUUUGUUCACAUUUAACUUACUGAGAUGAUGUUGAAUCAGUGCUGGAAAUGUAAAAAUGUUAGUGACAAUGGCAAUG